UUGGAGAGAAAGCUUACUAUAUCUAUCUCUAUAUAUACAUCCUCAAACCCCUCUCCAUCUUUCUUGUGCUUUUUCUAUCUAGCAGUAAUAGCAAUAACAGUCAAGUUUAUAACUAGACUAGACAGAUAGAGUAGACUCUAGUUUCAUCAUACACUCUUAAUUACAAUGUCGUCUUUGGAGACGAAGAACAAGAAGAUGCUGAUACUGAGAAGCUCUGAUGGAGAGGAGUUUGCCAUACAAGAAAACAUCGCUGUGAAGUCUACAACCAUCAAGAACAUGGUCGAAGGUGGUUGUGUUUCGAAUGUUAUUCCCGUGCCUAAUGUGGACGCUAAGACGUUGGCAAUGGUAAUUGAAUACUGCAAGAAGCAUGCUGAAACAGACGCUGAAGAAGCAACCAGUGAGCUAAAAAAGUUUAACUCGGAGUUUUUGGACAAUGGACAACAAGUUCUCUACGAUCUGAUAAUGGCGGCGAACUUUCUGGAUGUGAAGGAGUUGCUGGAAGCAGUAUGCCAGAAGGUGGCCGACAUGAUCAAAGGAAAGACGCCUGACCAGAUUCGCAAAAUUUUCAACAUCAAGAACGACUUCACCCCCGAAGAAGAAGAGGAAAAUCGCAAGGAGAAUUCAUGGGCUUUCGAGUGA